ACUUUAUCCUUCCAGAGAUUUGCCUGAAGACUGAGAGCUUAAAUGACUUGGACAAUGUAUCAGAUGAACCGAAUACUUCCUAGCUUUUUAAGCCACUCACUACUCAGUAUAGUUCUCACUUCCUAAUAUUACUCUGUCAUUUAUGUAUAUUUCUCAUUUUCUUAGUAGAGUGUAUGCUCUUUCUGGCCUUGGAUUAUAUGCUUUUUAAAAUUGCACCCUCUGGAUAUAGGGCAAGGCAUAGUAGGCAGUGGGGUCUUAAUAGACAUUUGACAAUUGAACUGAAAUGGAUAGCAUGUUUAGAAAGAGCCAAGUACUGCAUUGUGACAGGGAAAUAGAAAAGGAAGCUUUUCUUGGCUGUUGACUUGAGUGGGCAUUUAGCUGGGAAAAGAGCAACAAUUCACUUUAGUUCCUAUAGAGCAAACUCCUGAAGGUAUUCUACCAGUGGUAGAGGAGAUCGGUACUAGGAGGAUUAUGACUUCAUUUUUCAUAUUUUCAAAUGCUAAUGAAUAAGCACUCAUGACAAAUCUUGUAGAAUUUAGAGUGACGUGUUUUAAUUUGAGAAUUCUUUCUUUUUCUUUUCUCAUUCUUUUUUCUUCCUUCUUUUUCUUCCUCCUCUCCUUUCUUUUUUCUUUAUUCUUCCUUUCUUCUUCCUUCUCUUCCUUCCUUCCUUUUUCUUCCUUCCUUCUUUUUUCUCUCUCCUCUUUCUUUCUACAUUUUUUUUGGUUCCUUCAUCCUUUGUUCUUUCCUUCCUAUUUUCCUUUGCUCCCUCCCUCCCUUCUUCUCUUUUGCUUUUUUCCUUUGCCUUUUAGCUUCACAAUGGACUCCCUCGUGACAGCCAAUACCAAGUUUUGCUUGGAUCUUUUUCAAGAACUAAAUAAAGGUGAUGAACCGGCAAAUAUCUUCGUCUGUCCUCUGAGUAUUUCAGUUGCCUUUGGCAUGAUCAGCCUAGGGGCUAAAGGCUCUACUGCAGAUCAGAUCAAUGAAGUGCUACACUUCAAUGAAGUUUCACAAAACAAAAGCAAAGAACCUAAAAUUUCUUCAAAAGGAAAAAGUCAAGAAGACCAAGGGGACCAACAAAAGACAUCAGAACCUUCAAAUACACAGAAUACGACAUCCUUGAGUGAUGGGUAUAAAGAUUCUGACUCUUACUUUGGGAACCUGCUCAAGAAGCUGGACAGGAUAAAAUGUGAUUAUACCCUGAGUAUGGCCAACAGGCUGUAUGGCGAGCAGGAAUUUCCAAUCUGUCCUGCAUAUUCAGAUAAUGUGAUGGAAUUUUAUCAUACAACCAUUGAAAGUGUGGAUUUUCAAAAAGAUACAGAAAAAUCCAGACAACAAAUUAAUUUCUGGGUUGAAUGUCAAACUCAAGGUAAAAUCAAGGACCUCUUUGACAAAGACAACAUUACUGAUUCCACAGUCCUGGUGCUGGUGAAUGCUGUCUACUAUAAGGCCAAAUGGGAAAAAAGUUUUGACCAUGAAAAAACAGAAGAUUCACCUUUUUGGGUAAACAAGAAUGAACAGAAAAGUGUGAAGAUGAUGAGACAGCAGAGUACAUUUAAAAUUGGUUAUAUUGAAGAAUUAAAGACUCAGAUUCUUGAGAUGAACUAUAUCAAGGGGAAACUCAGCAUGUUUGUGCUGCUUCCUGAGGACUUCACUGGAAUGGAAGAGCUUGAAAAGAAUAUGACUCAUGAAAAAAUAACAGAAUGGACUAGUCCUACUAUUAUGUGCGAAGAAAAUGUAGACAUCUCCUUUCCUCAGUUCACAAUGGAAAGUAACUUGGAUCUCAAUGCUAUUCUCCAAAAAAUGGGGAUCACAGAUGUCUUUGAGGAAGGCAAAUGUGAUCUUAGAGGAAUUUCUUCAAGCCCUAAUCUGUAUUUGUCAAAAGCUGUCCACAAGACAUUUCUAGAGGUUAAUGAGGAUGGUACCCAGGCAGCAGCUGCCACAGGAACUGUGGUCACUACAAAGUCUGCAUCACCUUAUGUGGCAUUUAAUGCCAAUCACCCAUUUUUAUUUUUCAUCAGAGAAAACAAAACAAACACCAUCCUUUUCUAUGGCAAAGUCUACUCUCCUUGAAAAUGGAUCUAUUUUCCUCUGCUUUAUGGAGUACCAAGAAAAUGGUAUAACAUGGGUGUUAGGGACCAGAAUUAGAAUUUGUCAGUAAUUUGUCCAAUUCAUUAGCUCCAACCCCCAGCUAUUAACCAAUGUCAUUUCCGGUUUCUCUUCUGGGGGUUCAUGAAACACGAUAGCCAAUAAAUUUGUCUCUUUCUUGACAGUUCACCUGCUAGCUUCUAGGUCCACUUAUCUUCAUUGACUUCCCCACUCCAAGAUUUCCACAUUAACAAAGUUCAGAAAAAUGUUUAUUUUCUUUCUUAUUUUGUUUUUCGGUGUAACUAAUGAAACAAGUGAAUGUACUCAGAAAAGGAAUAGGUUCUAUUAGAUAACAAUUUAAGAAAAACAGAAGUUUUGGAAUUAUAGUUAAAUAAAAAUGCUUUCCCUAAGUCACUGUGUCAGACACUAUGCUAAUUCCAUUUAAUAUCCAUUUAAGAGUCUACUACCUGAAGUACUCCAGUCCAGACAAACCCUAGUGGGAAAACAAAACUAGAUAUAUCUAGAUUAACAUUUACUAAAAGUUGAAAAUCAGAUUAGAUUUAUCCUCUCCUUAGUGAAUAGGAAUAUGUUAAAUAUGCAUUCUUUUCAGAGACAAGGAAGAUGACAUUUCUCAGGAUCUGAGUCCUAGCAAAAUCAUGUUUUGUCCACUAUAAAUGCUGAGAAAUAAAACUCACAUUUAUAGGGAGGGGGAAUUAGUUAACCUUUCUUAUGUCUUCCUUGAUAACAUAUCAUCUGUAUUGAUUUAAAAAUGUUCUUUUAAAGAAAGAUGCUUUGCUAAUUAAAAUGUCCAAAUCAUGUUGCCAAGUAAUAAAAAAAAAAAUUUUUAUUGAACAAAACAAUAAAGAUGUGAAGUAUAA